AUGGCGAGAACGCCGGUUUAUUUUUUGAGUCAUGGUGGGCCGAAUAUCAUGUAUGAUCAUGAGCAUCCGGCGUAUCAUAAGUUGGGAGAGAUUGGAAAGGAAAUUACUACCAAGGUGAAGCCGCGCGCGGUGGUGGUUUUCUCGGCGCAUUGGCAGGCGGGUUCGGAUACGGUGCAGGUUAAUACGGCGGAGAUUACGGAUUUGAUUUAUGACUUUUAUGGUUUCCCCAGUCAUUAUUACAAGGAAAAGUACCCUAAUGUGGGGAGUCGGGAGGUUGCGAACAAGGUGCUUGAUGUGUUGAGCCAGGCGGGGAUCAAGGCUGAGGGUGUGAAGAGAGGUCUUGAUCACGGAGUGUGGGCGAGUUUCAAGUGUGCCUUCGAGCCUGAGUCGAACCCGCUCAAUGUUCCAAUUGUGCAAGUAUCUCUGUUCAAAACGGAGGAUCCCAUUCAGCAUCACCGACUCGGACAGGCGGUGUCGAGGCUCCGUGAGGAGAAUAUCCUGAUCAUCGUGUCUGGUAUGGCGGUGCACAAUCUGCGCGAUAUGCAGUUCACCUGGGGCGACCCGCGGCCGUUGCCGUACACCGUCAGCUUCGAUGAGGCCCUCAAGGAGGCGGUCACGAAGAAAGACCCGGCGGAGAGAGAAACCGCCAUGGCGGACUUGCUGAAGCGGCCGGAUGCUCGACAGGCACAUCCAUACUUUGACCACUUGCUUCCGAUCCAUAUCGGAGCCGGUGCUGCGGGAGACGAUGUCGGAAGGAGACUCUGGACCUUGAAGGAGGGAAGCAUGAGCUGGGCGCAAUUUAGAUUCGGUAGCGUCGCUAACAGUACAAGUUCUCUGUAG